AUGGACGAGAUCUUGGCCAAAGCAUCUAACCAAGCAAUCACUUUCGCCAUUAGAUCGGGCUUUUCGAUCGCGUCAGGCUAUGCUAUCAGGACAAUGACGAAGAUGAUGGAUAGUAUUCCUGCGACAGAAAAGACACGCUUGGUGAACAAGAAGAACUCGCUACAGAGAAGAAUUGACUCUUUGAACUCAUGUCUAGAUCUUCUCGAGCUCGCUGCUGCGCGUGGAAACUCUGCCCUCGAAGUUACAAUGGAGUUGGUGGAGGAUUUGAGACAUCAUCUAACUCUCUUCGAUCAAGGAAUUGCCGCAUUGGAGGAGGACCUUGCCCUGCUGAAACAGAGCAAUUCGGUCGCGGUGAUGGAGAGCCAAAUGGACACAUUAUCCUCUGUGAUUAAUGAGGCGAUUCCGUUGAUAAAUCUCUCUCUUACAACCUGUGGAGUUAAUUUUGCUAACAUAAUGCAGCCUAGGAUGUCUCCAAGCCGGCUUCUACAAGCUGCCAACAGAAUCAAUGCAUCCAACAUUGCUUUCAUGCGUGGAAAUGGCUCUAAAGAAAUUCAAGUUGGACCAGAGUUUCCUCUUAGUUUUUACUCUGUAUUCUAUAACCCAAGUAGACUCAAGUAUAUUGAAGAAGAGUCAGAGACAUUGUCAAAGGGACCGGCUUCGGAGCUUUCUACAAAGGCAAUAUCUUGGAAGGAGGAGUUUCCUCUUGCUACGGUCAAGAUAAUAAGACAAGCAAAUGCCGAGUUUCAGUACGUUAUAUCGAUCGAAGAAAGUUUCGAUGACGGAAGAUAUCAUGAAGAUGAUGAGACUCCCAGAUCACGCCUCCUUCCAGUGCUUGAUAUCCAGAAACAAUACUUCAGUGCGAGUGGCGAACUACUUCGUCUAGAGGGUGAUGGAUUGCCUGUAUUAGUGCUCAAAGUAUUAAAAGACGGAGUACCUGAAUAUCUUGCUCUCGGAGAAACACUUGAAGAUGAAUGCUGCUCAGACAGCGAAGACCUGGACUCCAGCUCUCACAAACAAAAGGACCCAGAUGCCACUUCCCAGAAGCUACUGCUAUUAGAAUACUUGAUUCGGUUGUGCGCACUACAGGGGACACAACAGUGCUCAAUCUUAGAAAUAGAUGACGAAACUCUAUUUCUUUAUCUUCAAGAUGAGGUCGACAAGGCGGUUCUACCUCAAAGCCGAGAGUCUAGGGAAAGCGCGGCAUCAAAAAGCUUAAAAACAAAUCAAAUGUUGAAAAAUGACUCAAAUAUCAAUCGUCUAUCCAAAUUGACUUUGGAAGAUGCCUAG